AUGCUGCCGCCCGUGCUUCGGCGCGCCCUGCUGGCCCGCCCCUGGAGUGGGGCCAGGCUUCGGUGGAAACACGCCUCCUCCCUGAAGGUGGCCAACGAGCCCAUCUUGGCGUUCACCAAGGGCAGCCCCGAGCGAGAGGCACUACAGAAGGCCUUGAAGGACCUGAAGGGCCGGACGGAAGCCAUCCCGUGCGUGGUGGGGGACGAGGAGGUGUGGACCUCGGACGUGCAGUACCAGGUGUCGCCCUUCAACCAUGGACACAAGGUGGCCAAGUUUUGCUAUGCAGACAAGGCCCUGCUCAACAAGGCCAUUGAGGCCGCCCUGGCCGCCAGGAAGGAGUGGGACCUGAAGCCCGUCGCAGACCGGGCCCAGAUCUUCCUGAAGGCGGCAGACAUGCUGAGCGGGCCGCGCAGGGCAGAGGUCCUUGCCAAGACCAUGGUGGGACAGGGUAAGACGGUGAUCCAAGCGGAGAUCGACGCGGCAGCCGAGCUGAUCGACUUCUUCCGAUUCAACGCCAAGUUCGCCAUGGAGCUGGAGGGGGAGCAGCCCAUCAGCGUGGCGCCCAGCACCAACAGCAUGGUGUACCGGGGGCUGGAGGGCUUCGUGGCGGCCAUCUCCCCUUUCAACUUCACUGCGAUCGGCGGCAACCUGGCGGGGGCGCCGGCCUUGAUGGGCAACGUGGUCCUUUGGAAGCCCAGCGACACGGCCAUGCUGGCCAGCUACGCCGUCUACCGCAUCCUGAGGGAGGCCGGCCUGCCCCCCAACGUCAUCCAGUUUGUGCCGGCUGACGGGCCCACCUUUGGGGACACUAUUACCAGCUCCGAGCACCUGUGUGGCAUCAACUUCACAGGCAGCGUGCCCACCUUUAAAAACCUGUGGAAGCAGGUAGCCCAGAACCUGGACCGCUAUCGCACCUUCCCACGCCUGGCUGGAGAGUGCGGUGGGAAGAACUUUCACUUCGUGCACCGCUCGGCGGACGUGGACAGCGUGGUGAGCGGGACCCUGCGCUCGGCCUUCGAGUACAGCGGCCAGAAGUGCUCAGCCUGCUCCCGCCUCUACGUGCCGCACUCGCUGUGGCCUCAGAUCAAAAAGCGGCUGCUGGAGGAGCACAGCAGGAUCAAAGUGGGCGACCCUGCAGAAGAUUUCGGGACCUUCUUCUCCGCAGUGAUCGAUGCCAAGUCCUUCGGUCGCAUCAAGAAGUGGCUGGAGCACGCCCGCUCCUCGCCCAGCCUCACCGUCCUGGCAGGCGGCAAGUGUGACGACUCUGUGGGCUACUUCGUGGAGCCCUGCAUUGUGGAGAGCAAGGACCCUCAGGAGGCCAUCAUGAAGGAGGAGAUUUUCGGGCCCGUGCUGACCGUGUAUGUCUACCCAGAUGACAAGUACAGGGAGACACUGCAGCUGGUGGACAGCACUACCAGCUAUGGCCUCACGGGGGCAGUGUUCGCCCAGGAUAAGGACGUUGUCCGGGAGGCCACCGAGAUGCUGAGGAACGCUGCCGGCAACUUCUACAUCAACGACAAGUCCACUGGCUCGGUGGUGGGCCAGCAGCCCUUUGGGGGAGCCAGAGCCUCCGGAACCAAUGACAAGCCCGGGGGGCCCCACUACAUCCUGCGGUGGACGUCGCCCCAGGUCAUCAAGGAGACCCACAAGCCUCUGGGGGACUGGCGCUACUCGUACAUGCAGUGA